GUUUGUUGGAUUUUUAAUUUGUGCGUAUAAAUAAAAAAAUGGAUGACGAAAAACUUAUUAGUUUAGUGGAAAGUAGAAGUGAGUUGUACGAUAAGAGCAAUAAAUUUUACAAGCUGCAAUCCAGAAAGGAUGGCGUGUGGAACGAAAUUGGGAGGGAAUUGAACGCAAGUGGAGAAAUGUGUCGCCGUAGAUGGCUGACACUUAGGGACCGGUACGGGAGGGAAGCGCGGAAGGUUAACGCCCCCUCAGGCAGCGGGACUGAAUUUCAAAGACAGUGGCAUCUAUUAGACUCAAUGAAAUUCCUCAAACCACAUAUUUUGCCGAGACCGAUUAGAUUUUCACACAAUAUUUGUGUAAACAAUAUUGCUACUGCUACGGGUCAAUCAACAGACGAAACAGUGGUACAAGGAGAUGCGCAGGAGGAAUCACCACCAUUAUGGCCCUUGUCGCCAAUAGGAAUAUCACCGCCGUCGCCAUCGCCUCCUUUCCCCGUGGCGCAAAGUAUACCAUCCCCGAGUCCUUCGGCAUCAACCUCGGUUCCCUCACCAUCCUGCUAUACGCAAGUUGCAAACAACAGGGGUAGAAAGCGAGGGUCAUCUGGGCCAACUUCUAGCGAGAUUGACCAGAAGAUGAUUGAAGCCAUCGAGGUUUUCAAACAUAAAAUCGAAUCUAUUCAACCUACCCAGCAGACUCAACAACAACAGAGUACAAAUCCAGCUGUAAAAUCAUUCACCUCAUUAAUGGCUUCUAUUUUAAACAAAAUGGACGAGGCAAAGCAAACGAGAGCUAUGGAAAAGGCAUUACAGGCUGUGUUUGAUGUGCAGAAUGAGUAAACAUGAGAAAGAAAGAUAUAUUUAUUUUUAAAUUAUAAUUUUAUAUUUAUUUAUGUGUUUAUUGUCGUUAUC